GCUCCAAUUAUUGCAUCCUCACUCAUAUAACCUUUAGAGGAAGAGAGAAAGGAAAGAAUGGAAGGGAAAAAUAGUUCUUUCUCCUUCCGAAAUAGAAUAAUCUUUCCCACAAGAUCCUUGCUCCCAACUGUUUCCCUUUGACUUUAUAAAAUUUACUUAUUAGUUACUAUCAAUUAUAAUGCAUAUGUAAUUGUUUAGAACAGGGUCAUCUGCCCACUUUUAGACAGAUCGUGACUCAUCAUUGGCAUUUUUAGUUGAAAUCCCUGUGCAGACAAAAACUGAUGUUCUUUUGACAAGAAACAUGAGUGGUUAGCUGUUGGGUAAAAAGUGAAUGCUGACCGUCACUCAUGUCUUGAAUUAGGUUUUACUAAAUUACAACUCUUCUCUCCAGACCUGAGCUCAACCCUAGACCGGACUGCAACUGCAACAUUUGUGAUUACAGUGGUUGGUGUGGGCAUCUCAGUAAACUUGCUGCCAUGAAAAAGAGGAAAUCAUCUGUUUAUUCUCAUCAGCCACAUUUUCUGGGCUAGGAAACAUCUAACCUAUCCUGAAUGUCAAGGUAGCACUUGUGCCUGCUCAAGGUAGUUGAUGAUUGUUUCGAUCAGUGGAAAGGGUCAAACAAAUAUUAACUUCUCAGAGUUUUCACUCCUAACAAAUUUUCUUCCAUGGUCAAAGUGGCAAGGGUUUCAUUCAGUGGACUGGAUGCAAUAACAGUCAAUAAAAUGACAAAAGCUUUUAAUUACAAGCAAAAUUAAUCCCUAGACGGAUCAGUUUUCUUACUUUUAAUGAAAGUAUCGAAUUCAGUGAUGAUUAUACAGGUAUGGAAAUUUGGGUUAUGUCCUUAAUAGUCUUUCUAGUUCCUUCUUUCUUCAUAGGCUUCACUUGUUUGAAAACUUCAAAUGCCAAAGUGAAAAAUGAAAGGGAUCAAAUCAUUGUUUUAAAGUGUCUCUUUUCUUGACUAGUACUAGAGUGUCAGGAGGAUGAUCACUUACCUCUUACUGAGUGGGGUGGGUGCUCUAUUUGGCCUUUUACAAAUAUUGUAAGUCCUUAUAUCAACUAUAUAAUCAUUGUGGAUAUUUUAUAUAAUAGAAAUCUAAAAUUCAGAUUUUAAGUGAUUUGUUCAAGGUCCUCAACAAAGCAGGGAUUAAAAUUCAGAUUUUUCUGAUUCUAGAGUGAUGCCUGUAUUCUCCCUUAUGAGCCAACCUCCCUUCCAUUAACUCUCAUGGCCACACCUAAUAUGCUCAUUAAGUCUCUAAAGUCCACAGAAUUGUUCUAAUGCAUUUCUCACUGGUUAAUCCUUUUGUCUCAGGUUUUGAGAAAAGUGGCCAUUCCUCCUUGGCUGAGACAUUUAUGGAAAGCAUGUGAAAUUAUUUGUCUUUCUAGUUCAACAACUCUUUUUCCCAUCAUUCUUUAGGACCAGAGACACUCUCAUCUAGCUCAGUAAAUAAACACUGGAAAGAAUAAACAUGCAUCAAGCAGAUGGAUUAACAGACCAAUCCUGUGGCCAAGGAGAGGAUUUCCUCCCUAUUCUUUGUUGGUCUAAUAGGCAAGGUGUGUGCCAACAGAUUUUAUAAGCACCCGAGAACAGCAAUGACAAGCAGCCACUGAGUUCACAGAAGCCCAGGUGGUUUCAACAUUUCCCCAAGGAGUUAGCCAGGAGGGGCCCUGACAGGUCCACUUCAGAUGGAGGAAGAGAGUGAGAAGGACCAUCGGGCUUUGCUCAACCAAGGAGAGGAGAAUGAACUGGAGGUGUUUGGUUACCACACCCAGCAUCUUCGGAGAGCCCUCUGCCUUAUCGCAUCCGUGCUGACUGGUGGGGUCCUUCAGCUGCUGUUCUACUGGAGGCCAGAGUGGAGGGUGUGGGCCAACUGCACCCCAUGCCCCUUACAAGAAGCAGACACCGUUUUGCUGAGGACAACAGAUGAAUUUCAAAGAUAUAUUAGAAAGAAGGUGCUCUGCCUCCACUUAUCUACCCUGAAGUUUCCUAUAAGCAAGAACCCAAAAGACCCUUUGGUGGCUGACCACCACUCUGUCAUAAACCAAGCAGUAAUGAAGCCGGAUUUAAAACUGCGAUGCAUCCAAGUGCAGAAAAUCAGGUAUGUUUGGGAUUACUUGGAGAAGCGCUUCCAGAAAGUUGGGUUGCUGGAAGACAGCAACUCCUGCUAUGACAUCCAUCAAACGUUUGGAUUGGGUCUGACCAACGAAGAGCAAGAAGUCAGAAGAUUAGUGUGUGGGCCCAAUGCCAUUGAGGUUGAAAUCCAACCCAUAUGGAAGCUGCUUGUUAAACAGGUUUUAAAUCCAUUCUAUGUGUUCCAAGCCUUCACCCUAACUUUGUGGCUGUCUCAAGGUUACAUAGAGUACUCUGUGGCUAUCAUCAUUUUGACCAUUAUCUCCAUUGUCUUAAGUGUGUAUGAUUUGAGACAGCAAUCAGUGAAGCUGCACAACCUUGUGGAGGAUCACAACAAAGUCCAAGUUACAAUCCUUGUGAAAGACAAAGGUUUGCAGGAGCUGGAAUCUCGCCUCUUGGUUCCCGGAGAUAUUCUUAUUCUUCCAGGAAAAUUAUCAUUGCCUUGUGAUGCUGUUUUGAUCGAUGGGAGCUGUGUGGUGAACGAGGGCAUGCUCACAGGAGAAAGUAUACCUGUCACAAAGACACCACUGCCCGGAACAGAGAACACCAUGCCUUGGAAAUGCCACAGCUUGGAGGACUAUCGGAAACACGUGCUCUUCUGUGGGACAGAAGUUAUCCAGGUCAAGCCUUCUGGGCAGGGACCCAUAAGAGCAGUCGUUUUGCAGACAGGUUACAAUACAGCAAAAGGGGAUUUGGUGAGAUCCAUCCUCUACCCCCGGCCUCUGAACUUCAAACUAUACAGCGAUGCCUUCAAGUUCCUUGUGUUCCUGGCCUGUCUUGGGGUUGUAGGAUUUUUCUAUGCCCUAGGAAUAUAUAUGUACCAUGAAAUCCCCCCAAGAGACACCGCCACCAUGGCCCUGAUCCUCCUCACGGUGACUGUCCCUCCCGUGCUGCCCGCUGCCCUGACCAUAGGCAUUGUGUAUGCCCAGAAGAGACUGAAGAAAAAGAAAAUCUUCUGUAUCUCUCCACAGAGAAUCAACAUGUGUGGGCAAAUAAACCUCGUGUGCUUUGACAAAACAGGCACUCUUACAGAAGAUGGGCUGGACCUCUGGGGGACUGUUCCUACUGCCAACAACUGUUUUCAGAAAGUCCACAGCUUUGCCUCAGGCAAGGCUUUGCCAUGGGGACCUCUGUGUGCAGCCAUGGCCAGCUGCCACUCUCUGAUACUUCUUGAUGGGACCAUCCAGGGAGACCCUCUGGACCUCAAAAUGUUUGAAAGCACGGCCUGGAAAAUGGAAGAUUGUAAUGUGAACGCCUACAAAUUUGGCAUGUCAGACUCAAACACAAUAAUAAAACCAGGACCAGAAGCCAGCCAGAGUCCUGUAGAAGCCAUUGCCAUCUUGCGCCAGUUUCCAUUUUCAUCAAGCCUGCAGAGGAUGUCUGUGAUCGCUCAGCUGGCCGGGGAGCAUCACUUCCGUGCCUACAUGAAGGGUGCCCCAGAGAUGGUGGCCAGGUUCUGCAGACCCGAAACAGUGCCCAAGAAUUUCCCACAGGAGCUGAGGAACUACACAGUGCAAGGCUUCCGUGUCAUUGCCCUGGCUCACAAAGUUCUGAAGAUGGGGAAGCUCUCAGAUGUGCAGCGUUUAGCAAGGGAGAAAGUGGAAUCUGAGUUAACAUUUCUGGGACUUCUCAUCAUGGAGAAUCGCUUGAAAAAGGAAACCAAACCAGUCUUGAAGGAGCUGAGUGAAGCCCGCAUCAGGACCGUGAUGAUCACAGGUGAUAAUCUUCAAACAGCCAUUACUGUUGCAAAGAAUUCUGAAAUGAUUCCUCCAAGCAGCCAGGUGAUCAUUGUUGAAGCCAGUGAACCAGAAGAGCAUAUUCCUGCUUCCGUGACCUGGCAACUCAUGGAGAACCAAGAGAUGGGAUCUGGGAAGAAAGAAGCUUAUGUUAAUAUUGGAAACAGUUCCGGGCCUGAUGGGGAAACAGGGAGCAGUUACCAUUUUGCAAUGAGUGGGAAAUCAUACCAAGUGAUAUUUCAGCAUUUCAACAGCUUGCUUCCAAAAAUUCUGGUGAAUGGAACCAUUUUUGCAAGAAUGUCUCCUGGGCAGAAAUCAAGCCUUAUUGAAGAAUUUCAGAAAUUAAAUUAUUAUGUGGGCAUGUGCGGAGACGGAGCCAACGACUGUGGAGCUUUGAAAAUGGCUCAUGCAGGCAUCUCGCUGUCAGAGCAGGAAGCAUCAGUGGCUUCCCCCUUCACCUCGAAGAUAGCCAACAUUGAGUGUGUGCCUCAUCUCAUCAGAGAAGGCCGAGCUGCUCUGGUUUCAUCCUUUGGAGUAUUUAAAUACUUGAUCAUGUAUGGCAUAAUCCAGUUUAUUGGAACAUUGCUGCUCUAUUGGCAGCUACAGAUCUUUGGGAAUUACCAGUAUCUCAUGCAGGAUGUAGCCAUUACUUUGAUGGUCUGUUUAACAAUGAGUUCAACACAUGCCUACCCAAAGCUGGCUCCAUUUCGACCAGCCGGACAGCUCCUCUCUCCGCCUUUGCUGCUCUCGGUCUUCUUGCAUUCCUGUUUCACCUGCAUUGUGCAGGUCUGUGCAUUUCUCUAUGUGAAGCAACAACCCUGGUAUUGUGAGGUCUACCGAGACGCUGAGUGCUUCCUGGCCAACCCAAGUAAUUUCUCAUCCAAUGUGAGUUUGGAAAGAAACUGGACUAGAAAUGCAACUCUGAUUCCUGGUUCAAUUUUAAGUUUUGAGACUACCACACUGUGGCCCAUUGUCACCUUCAACUGCAUCACAGUAGCAUUCAUCUUUUCUAAGGGAAAACCAUUUCGAAAACCUAUCUACACAAACUAUAUAUUUUCAUUUUUGCUGAUAUCUGCCUCGGGCCUCACGAUCUUCAUUCUGUUUUCUGAUUUUCAAGAUAUAUACCAGGGAAUGGAGUUUAUCCCAACCAUAACAUCAUGGAGAGUUUCGAUUUUGGUAGCAGCCCUUACCCAGUUCUGUGUUGCCUUCUUUGUAGAGGAUGCCAUCCUUCAGAAUCGAGCGUUCUGGCUGUUGAUCAAGAAAGUAUUUGGAUUCUACUCUAAAAGUCAAUAUAGGACCUGGCAAAAAAAGCUGGCAGAAGACUCUACCUGGCCCCCCAUAAAUAGGACGGACUAUGCAAGUGAUGGUAAAAAUGGAUUCUACAUCAACAAAGGCUAUGAAAACCAUGAACUGGUCCCAAAAGAAAAACUCAAAUCAGGGGACCAAAUCAAAGAACAGCAUUUUUGGACCAGACUCUAAUUGGAAUUGUUAUACGCAUUGAGCAGCAUCACCCUCCUCCAAACUAAAACAUGUGGAAGGUGAAAAGAAUGUACCCUUUUCUUUUUGCUGUCCAUCUGAUCAUCUGAAGCACAUUUCUCAGUGCACUUAGCCUUGCAACAGAGGACCUUGAAUUUAUCUAUUUUGACUAUAUCCUUUCCUAUUGGGAGAAAAAAAUGCAUUUCUUGGGUUAUCAUUUUAAUAUGCUUUAUUCAUAUUGUAUUGUUUAAAAUGCACAGCUCUUAGGAUAAUAAAAUUAGAAGUACAAACAUCAAUAGAAUAAAGAAAAGCUAAGGAAACAUUUGGUCUUUGAAAGUUUUACCAAUAUGUUAAUUAUCACACAAGUUUCUUUAAAUCUUACAUUCAUUUGUAUAUAUAUAUAUAUAUGUACAUAUCUUUUUACAAGAUAACUAAAUUCCUCCUUUUUGCUUCACUGUAUGGUUUUAAUAGAAAUAAGUAUUAACAUUUACUUCAGAAAAUUCAACCCUAACUAUGUAGUAAGCCAGAGUCAUGUGGAAGUGGAGAACGGCAGAGAUUUGUGUUAAUUGCAUAUAAUCUUAGCACAGGCAUAGCUAAUACCUAAGCAAACUCCACCAAAGUUUGACAAUUCCCAAAGUAUUGAGCUAGAAGGUCCAUGGUAGAUCCCCAAAAUAAUGGAAGGCUGUUAAAAUGUGCUUUUCACCUCAGAAAGCCUGGUGCUUUGAUUUAUUACUGACACACCAAAACUUCAAGUAAGUUCUGGGUGAAAAAAAAAAGACAGGCCAAAUUCAACAUCACUUGUCUUAUAAACAACCCUAAGAAAGGGACCCAUGAAAAUCCUCUGGCUUCCAGAUGACCUUAUGCUCUACUUCAUCUUUUAAUUAUAUAAAUCAUUCCAAAUGCACAUGAAAGACAAGAAGGGUACAUUCUUUACAAAUAUAUCCUUCGCCCUAUCUACUUAUAUACACAUACAUAGAUAAAUGUGCAUAUAUAAAAUGUAUAUUUUUCAGAGGAAGAAAUUUAUUUCUGGUGAAUAUUUGAAAUAACCUACUAGGUUUUCCUUAGAAUAAUAAAUCUAAUUGUGCCAACUGAACAGAUUUUCAACAGACCAUAGGCAAAGCUAAUUGCUGGUUAACUAAAACCAGUUCCAUCCCAUAAUUGUCAAAUGUGUGCCUAAUAUCAUGAUAUAUGGAUUCAAUAUGAAAUAGCCCUGAGUUUACGAUCUGUAAUCUUUAGGACUGACAAUUUUUUUCAAUAUUUUAGCAAUUUCCUCCUGUAAAUAGCAUUAUAAACUAUGUUACUCAACCAGUAGCACAAAUAAACCUUCUUACAUAAAAAUAAACUCAACA